AUGUCGACGAAUGGGAUUUUUCUCCGAACAUCACAGGAUAUCAAACGGGAUCUCAGGUUGAGCAGCCCAGUAAAGCUGUCACAUCUUCGCGUAUGCAACGGGAUUCUCUUGGCCGCAAUCGGACCGUCGACAAUUCUCAAACUCUCCGUGUCGAACGCUGAAAAACCCGUUGAGAUCAACCUCCCCAAUGCUCCCGCCGGUCCCUCGCUAGCUCAUCUUCAUUUAUCGCCCACCGGUCUUCAUGCGAUCGUCUCAUUUCUGGGUGGCGAGAACUACUACAUUCACACAAAAACCGGCAACUGUUUUGCGCUAAAGAAACGAUCAGUAAUCAUGACGGUUGGAUGGAAUGGCGAGAUUCAGAAAGACGACGAAACGGGGCCGAUCCUCGUCGGGACCUCGAGAGGCGGAAUCUACGAGACGUCAAUCAAUAGCGCUGGCACGAUCACCUACUUCAAAGAGAUCAAGAAUUCGCUCGUUGAAAAGGACACACCGAUCUCCGACAUCCAGCUACGAAUGAUCAGCGAUGAGGAUGAGAAGAAUUCCAGAUGGAUUUGCUUCGUCUCGCAAACGGCAAAACUCUUCUCUGUGGUCGGUUUCGUCGACCUGCCGGCAAUGCAAACGAUCACCAAAAGUGCAACGCAAUUCAUCGGCACAUCAACGUUACAGUCUGGCUGGAUGGUCGGGAUGGGCCCAUCGGGAGACGCGCCCGAGCCGGUCUUCGCGCAACUUUUUAACCCAAAAAGUCUCGGUUCGACGAGUGUCCUCUCUGCACAAUCGGCAACCCCGUCGAAGAAAGCUUUCCUCGCCCUUUAUCCACCGACGGAUGAACCCAAGCGAUUCGUCUGGUUGUCCGGAUCUAGCUACACAAUCGGGCGCGUUGAUUUGUCGGUGGAGAACGCGAAAGAGGCGAUGAUCGAGGAGAAAACGAUACAAAACUUUAGACUCCCUCGAGUAGAAGGGAACCUUGAAGAGGCUGUCGGUGUGGCUCUAUCGGAAUGGCAUGCACUCAUCGCUUUCCCCUCGAGAAUCACCGCCGUCUCUUUGUACUCCUACGCGACCGCCUAUGAGGACCGGAUACCGAUUGAAAUGGGUUCGAUUCGCGGGUUGACGAAAGAUGCCUCGUCUGAGUACAACUGGGCCUUUACCGAAACGCAUUCGUUCAAGUAUCGAUCGAAUGACGAGGCUAGAUACGUGUGGCGAGUGCUGCUCGACAAGGGCGACUACGCGAAGGCGGUCGUUGUCGCGCGGAAUCGGCAAACGAUUGACCCGUCGGCUUUCGAAUGGGUGCUUCGGAGACAAGCCGACAAGUAUAUCCAGGACAAGAAUUAUAUUGCCGCUGCGGAGAUUCUCGCCCACAGCUCAGAGCCUUUUGAAACGGUCGUUCUACGCUUUCUGUCAACCGAAGAGGAUCGGCGAACUGGAUUAAAAACUUUUUUGGAGAAGAAAUUGCAACAAUACCAGGGAGCGGAGGAUCGAAUCAAACGCGAGGCGUUAACGAUCUGGUUGCUAGAAGUGCAGCUCGAGGAAUUGGCGGAGAGUCGACGAAGCGGUGGUGAUACGGAGGGUGAUCGAACGAGGCAACUAACGAAACAAUUGCAAGGGUUCUUGACGAGGAAAAGCGUGUUGGAAUUUGUCUCGACAAACCGCGAAAGUGUCUACAAGUUGAUCGUUUCGCAUGCCGAUUUCGACACCCAACUCUACAUUGCCAACGAGUUAAAAGUGCUCAAGAAACAGAGCGCGCCCGACUUUUUCUACAAGUACGCCCCGAUCCUCGCCAAACACAUUCCGCGACACGUUUUCCAGGCACUUUUGACUGUGCCAAAACUUCGACCGAAUCGCUUUCUAUCGCUUUUCACACAAUGCCAGAACGAUCGAGAAAUGGCUCAAGCCGCUUUGCCCUACUUGGAAGCGGCCGUGCGGACACCGACGGGAAAAGGAGAUGUUGCGCUGCAGAAUAUGUUGAUCGCGAUGUAUUCCACUCAUCGACCGAAAAUGUUGAAAGGACAUCUCGAAUCGUUAGGAAUCGAUCGAAACUCUAUCCCGUAUAACAUUGAUUACGCGUUGAGGACAUGUCAACAAAGUGGUCACGAUGAGUGCGUGAUUUUCCUCUACUGUGUCAACGAGAUGUUCCUCGAGGCGGUCGAUAUUGCUUUGAAGAUUGACAUCAACUUGGCAAAAUCGUGCGCCCGUUGGAUGGAACCGGGUGAUGACUUCCUAUGUGAGAAAUUCUACCCAGAAGAGCUGCGGAGGCGUGUUUGGCUGAAAAUUGCUUCACACGUGAUUCAAAUGGGCGGUGAAGCCGCCGAAGCGAUCGGACUUUUGAAAGAAAGCCAAGAUGUGAUUAAAAUUCAGGAUAUCCUUCCGUUUUUCCCACAAUUCGUCAAAAUCGAGCAUUUCAAGGAGCCGCUGUGUGAAUGUUUACGAGAACACUCGACGAAAAUACAGGAACUGCAAAGAAACAUGAAAGAGGCCACACAAAUUGCCACUGAUAUCCGGGAUCGAUGUGUGAAAUUGGAUAAGAGAACAACGGUGAUUCGUGCUGGCGAGGUGUGUACUUCGUGCUUUCGUUCCCUCUUGUCCCGUCCUUUUUUCGCGCACUCGUGUCGCCACUUUUUCCAUCGCGAUUGCUUGGAGACGAUUGUUCGACCUUUCCUCAGCAAGGGUCGCAUUGCGCUUCUCGACGAGUUGGUCAAAUUGGAGCUCCGUCUUAUCGAUUUGUUGAAUGCCGAGGAACAAGUGGGCACUGGAUCGGUGGCGCAUGUUUUGGAUAAAGAGCGCAAGCUGACCGAGGUGAACGCGCAAAUCGGUGAGCUUCUCGGCGACGAUUGUCCACUUUGCGGCGAUCGGGCUAUUGAAUCGAUCGACACCCCGUUUUUUACCGAUGACGAAUACAUCCGAGAUGCGAACACAUGGAAGUUA